AACGGUUCGACAUGUAAUGCGACAACAUUUCUAAUAAUGAAGUUUGAAAAAAAUGGAUGUCACCUGCAAUCCUGAAAGCAAUAUUGAUUAUCGAAAUACAACAAUGACAGUAUCAGAGCAAUAUUUUAAUCUGAAUCGUAUCUAACCCACAAUGCCCUCCUUCGUCCCUCCCCCUUUUAGGCACGUAUAGCAUCCGACCUGAAGGAACUGAGGGACCAAUCCGUGUUCGCGUUCUUCAUGAUGAACGCCCUUUUCGUACUGAUCGUCUUCCUGCUGACCCUAAAGAAGGACUACUUGCACGUGAAAUGGCCAUUCGGCGUGAAGACGAACAUCACCUAUGACGAGAGUACCCAGGAGGUACAUAUAACGAAAGAGUACCUCCAGCUGGAACCAAUAGGAUUGGUGUUUGUGUUUUUCUUCGCAUUGAUUUUGGUGAUUCAAUUCGUCGCUAUGUUGUUCCAUCGAUUUGGAACAUUAGCCCAUAUCUUAGCGUCGACUGAACUAAACUGGUCCUGUACAAAGAAGAAGGAAGAGAUGUCUCCAAAUGCUCUAUUAGAUAAACAGGCUGUUGAAAUCGUGAAGCAACUACAGAAGCUACAGGGUAUCGAUGGAGAUUACGACAACGACUCAGGAUCUGGGCCAGACAGGAUAGGAAGAAGAAAAACCAUUCAUAACCUAGAAAAAGCAGCGCAGAAGAAAAGACAAAUUGGAACGUUAGAUGUUGCGUUCAAGAAGAGAUUUGCAAAAUUGAACGCCAAUCCUGACGGAGGUACACCAGUAUUGAGCCGCAGGAUGACGAUGCGGCCUGAAACAAUGAAAGCUUUGGAAGUGCGUGUCAAUUCUGUGAUGGCCGAACGUCGCAAAUCACAUAUGCAGACCUUAGGAGCGAAAAACGAAUUCCAAAAUAACAAUGUGACAAGGAACCAUAGAAGUAGCGUAGCUAGCAGUAUUCCAGCUAAGGAGGUAUUUGAAAAUGGGCACGUCAACAAGGCAUUCGUUGAGGAAGAAAUAUACGGUAGCAACAGUGGUAGUAGAAGUUCUCUACCAAGACCACCAAGACCUGCACACAGCAUCGCUUGGGGUAACACCAGCAGAAUGUAGCAACUUAAUGGAUCAAUGUCAGAUGCUAUAACUGCCGCUCUCAUAUGUAUGGACCGACGUCAAAAAAGUUACCUUUCUGAGAGCUAAUCCAUUAAAUUUCAUAUGUAGCUACCCCCAGACGUACAAAGUGGCCUAAAAUGGCUGGACAAUAUAUUAUAACAAAUUAAAGCGAAAACUGGCAUUUACAAGUAUCACGUCAUAUCUUCUUAUACGUAAAAAGAAGAAGAGAGUUCCAGUCUCAUUGUCAAACAAGUUUUUCCAAUUCUACGACUUAUUACACUGAGGUGCUAAACACCUUAAGUAUAUUUUAUGUAAUUCUCGACAUUAAUGUCAUAGCCAAUUAGACGAAGGUUUCAUAUGGAAAUGAAAAAUUGGUCUACAAACAGGCAACUGUUUGAAUUUUUGAAAACAGGGAUGCUGAGUAAAUCCAGCACGUUAUCCACAAAUUUUAGGACACCUUGUGUAAGUGCGAAGUGUGCUAGUCAAGGGAUCCAUAUUUAUGAAUGCUCUCACUUGUGAAUAGACUAGUCAAAUAAUGUCUUAAACCUGCGGUACGCUCUCAAAUUCAGAUUAUUCAUGGAGACUAAUUAAAGGGUUAUCUAGAAAAUAUAUAUAGUAAAUAAUAACUUUUUUGAUAUAGCCGCCGCUAGGAUAAUAAUUUGUAACAUAGUGGAAUGAAAAAGCUCUGACCCUAACGAAGAUUCAAGUUACCGCAUAUAUCAAAACAAACUGAGACGCUACAUUAUUAUAGAGGGUGAUCCAUCUGUUGAUUAAUUUUCAAAUCGAUGGUUAAAAUGAAAACGCAGACUUCUUUUUCAAAACGGGUUUUUUUAUUUUAGAGUACUGUCCUUCCGGCUAAUGAUGAAACACAAUCUCAUUCAUACGCGACCCAAUUUUUCAGUACAUUUUCCAAAGUCCGGCAUUAUCUCACCAAUGGCUGCAUGAAUAUUGGUCUUCAAUCGAUGGAUCACCCUUUAUUAUUAUGCUCAGUGAAAAUUCGGAUUCACGUAUUUUUAAAGUUUGUGAAACAACCAAGUGAUUCUCUACCAGUUUUACUCACAAAAUUGUGUUGGUAUAUGUAAUAUUUAAUUACCCGACAACGACAUUAUGAUUUUUAUGAUUAAAAAAUCGAUUUUCUUCUCUUUCAUUUCGUUGACCUCCCGUAUAUUUUUUGAGUAUGCACAGUGUGCAAUGUUAGUUAUCUUUUCAUAGGCAAAACCAUGGACAUUUUAUCGCACUGCCAAACUACGUACAUCUAAAAAUACUCAUUGUCGAUUUUUUGUAAAAAAAUUUUAUACUUUUUGUACAUACUAGGUUUAAUCGCUUUUCGUAUAUUUUUACAUUUUCAUCUUUUGUAUUUAUUUGUUAUGAUGCAAGAUUUCAAGCUCAACUGCUCUCCUUUACGUACUUACUAGUUGCGUAUUGUAAUUUAUGUACUUUUUUAAUUAUGUGAUGUGGUUAAUAAAACUAUGUAUAUAA